GGCGAUGAUUUGAUCAAAUGGGAAUCCAUAGAAAGGGAAUGCAUACAGGCUGAUGGAAUAUCGGCACCAAAAGUCACUAGAGUCAAAGGAAGCGACGGAAAUUUGUACAAGAUAAUCUGGAAGAAUGACGAUGUUAGACAAGAUUGUUUGGUCGAGCAACUAUUUUCUAUUGUCAACAGCAUUCUGAACAACGAUGAAGAAGAAGCUUUUCUUCGUACUUACAAGGUUGUUCCACUGGACUCUAAAUGUGGGAUGAUUGAAUUCUGCCAAGGGACCACUUCGCUAAAGCAGAUCUUAUGUGGAAAUAACCUUCUUGGCGGCCUUCACGUUUCGGAGCAACCUCAGGAUGAAACACCUCUCAAAAUGCGAAAUAAGUUGAAGGGACUAGCGAAGUGUCAUGUCAAACAAGCUUCUGCAGCCUUCCGCGAAGCCUGCGCUCAGUUUCAACCAGUUUUCAGACAUUUCUUCUACCGUGAGUAUCCGCUCGUUUGUGACUGGACUAGGAUGAUUCGCAACUAUCGGAAGAGCUUAGCUCAGUGGAGCAUAGGUACCUUAUGCGCUUGA